UAACAGGCUCUCUCUAUCUUCAGGCUUUGGUUGCACCCCCGUGCCUCGAACUGAAGAAAGUUGCACAUCUUACUCUUCUUCACACGCAGGGCUUUGCAAGUUGCGGCCUGUCGCUGCAGCUGGACUCCGCUUGACGGGCUCCGCUGGGAUGGACAUUCGGAGCCUGGGGGACUGCGGACCUGCCCCCUCGGUCGCCUCCCGUGAGCGCCCAGGCCCAGACCAGCUCUGUGACCUCCGUGAGGAAGAUGUUGCUGUGGGAUUGGAAAGAGUGGGAGAAGAUGACAAACAAAGAAGAAGCAGGGAGUGUAAGCCCCUGCUACAAGAGGCCCUGGCCUCUUCUCAGUUUGGUGGUAGCACAGUGACAGAAUGCCCCAAACCUGUCCCAGCUGGAUGGCAGAGAGUUGUGAAACAAAGGUUAUCUGGGAAAACAGCAGGAAGAUUCGACGUCUAUUUUAUCAGCCCACAAGGACUGAAGUUCAGAUCCAGAAGUUCACUUGCUAAUUAUCUUCUCAAAAACGGAGAGACUUCUGUUAAACCAGAAGAUUUUGAUUUUACUGUACUUUCUAAAAGGGGCAUCAGGCCGAGACAUAAAGACAGCAGCUUGGCAGCUCCGACAUCCCAACUGCAAAACAAAAGUAAUAUUUCAAACCGGAACCUCAGGACACGAAGCAGGUGGAAGAAAGAUGUGCUUCCUCUGCCAAGUAGUGGUUCAGAGUUGCAAGAGAGCAAAGGACUGUCAAGCCCUACUUCCAUUCCAUUGACUUUGAAAGAAGAUGAGCGUGAUAAUGAUGUUAACUCCAGGAAGGUUAGAAAGUCCAAAGGAAAGGUGACGAUUUUGAAAGGAAUUCCAGUUAAGAAAACCAAAAGACGGUGCAGAAAGAGUCUUUCAGAGUCCAUUGAAAGUAAUGGAAAAGGAGAAUCUCUGUAUGAUAAAGCAAAUGCUGAAUGUGAGCCUGUUGCACAAGACAGUGAGCUUGGCAUCUCUGUCGCCGGAGUGAGCCCCGGGACCCUCCCCGUGACUGAUGAGGUAAAGAGUACUGUAAAGGAAAACUCCCUGAAUUCAGGGUCAGAUUUUCAUUUUGAACAAAUAACUUCUGGCGCCAAAACCAAAUUGUGUUCGACCAAAGAAGCAGAAGCAGAGCGCAACGAGAAGUCUGAGGAGACCUUUUUAGAACCAGAGGAAAUCAGAUCAAAAGUAGACGACGGGGGAAAGAAGGAACAUUUGCAUAUUGACAUUUUAAAAUGCGGCUCUGAAAUAGGCGACAAAUGCUCACAAGAAGACACCAUCAUCCCACGGACACAAGUAGAAAAAAGAAAGACAAGCCUGUAUUUUUCCAGCAAGUAUAACAAAGAAGCCCUUAGCCCCCCACGACGCAAAGCCUUUAAGAAAUGGACACCUCCUCGGUCACCGUUUAAUCUUGUCCAAGAAACACUUUUUCACGACCCAUGGAAGCUUCUCAUUGCGACGAUAUUUCUCAAUCGGACAUCAGGAAAAAUGGCAAUACCUGUGCUUUGGAAAUUUCUGGAGAAAUACCCUUCAGCUGAGGUAGCAAGAACUGCAGAUUGGAGAGAUGUGUCGGAACUUCUUAAACCUCUUGGUCUCUAUGAUCUUCGAGCUAAAACCAUUAUCAAAUUCUCAGACGAGUAUCUGACAAAGCAGUGGAAGUAUCCAAUUGAGCUUCAUGGGAUUGGCAAAUAUGGCAAUGACUCUUACAGGAUUUUUUGUGUCAAUGAGUGGAAGCAGGUGCAUCCCGAGGACCACAAGUUAAAUAAAUACCAUGACUGGCUUUGGGAAAAUCAUGAAAAAUUGAGUCUGUCUUAAAGCCCUUUGAAGUUUUCAAACUUGUCUUUUGUGCAUUGUUUUGCACUGGGGUGUGGUUUUUUGGGGGACAGGGGCAGGGGUUGCUUUUGUCUUUUGCAGUGCUGGGGAUGGAACCCAGGGACUUGCACGUGCCAGGCAAGUGCUCCACCACUGAGCUCCACCCCCAGCCCUGCACUUCAGUUUUUAAGCAUUAAAUGCAACCUAGCUACCUUUCCAGGCAUAUAGAUUUUAAUUAGUCCAACUAAGAGCCCACCGUGUAUUUUCUUAACGUGUGUGGUACUAGUGGCCCUUUAUUACUGAAUGUCCUAAAACAUAUUUUGAGAUUUUUUUUAAAUAAAUUAUUUGAUAACAGUCCUAAAAAUGUAUAUUACUUUUCCAGUAAUGGAAUGGAAUGUGAAAGUGGUAAAAGCAAAAAAUGCUUUUCUGAGUCAUCAAUAAUACAAAGCAGAUUUCCAUCAGCCCAGCUAGAGGGAAGAAUAGAUUUUCUGUUCUUUCUGUAGACAUUACUGAACACGAUUGUGAUGUGAAGAACCAAAGAGUUUGCCAAUAAUAAUUUUUUUUGGGGGGGUGCGGGCAGUGGAGGCUGAACCCAGAGGUGCUUUACCACUGACCACCAUCCCCAACCCUUUUUAUUUUUUAUUUUGAGACAGGGUCUUCCUAAGUUGCUUAGUCUGGCCUUGAACUUUCAAUUUUCCCAAGUCAGUGGGAUUAUGGGAAUGUGCCACAAUAUUACAGAUAUUGUAAUGUUAUAGUUCAGAUACUGAAACAUUUAUCUUGUAAAGAAAUUAUCAAACAAAAAAAUCCUAAAGUAAUGUCUUUUUUUUUUUUUUUG